AUGGACGCCAGGGACUCCUCAGACCUCGGUUCGGGCCACACUAAAGGCAGUCAUCACAACCGUCCCCACAUUGCCGGUAUCCUCCCGGGCAGUUGGAAGCUGACGCAUAGCUUCCGCACUCGCCAGUGGUACCCUUUCUCCGUCAGGCAAGCUACGUCGGAUCGAGUGGGGUGGCAGACCCUGAGCGACCCCGGUUUGCUCGAACCGAGCUUCCUACCCGCCCUCGGACAUCGCACAUACUUCGCAUCUUCUGAUUGCAUCCACACUCAACAGCAAGGAGCCGACGAGCGUCUAGUAAAGCAAGACGAAAUGCCUGUCGCAACACAGGUGGCCUUCAAGCCAUUGAACCCGCCCAAGGUGGGUGACAAUGGAUACGUCGAGCCCAAGCCUGGCCACUCGGAAGUGCUCAAGAAGGGCUCGGCGCCAUUCGGAUGCCGUACGCUCGACUCGGAUGUGCGCAUCGACCACGAUGUCGAAAUUGUAGUGCGCGAUGGCUGCCGCCUGUACGCCGACAUCUACCGCCCGGCGACGGACGAGAAGAACGUGCCGAUCAUCGUCUCUUGGUCGCCUUACGGCAAAAAGUACUCGGCGAUCGAUAUGAUCUUCAACGUGUGCCUAUGGCGCUGCUGCAUCCGUGACGAAGAUGUCAGCGGACUGGAGAAGUUCGAGGGCCUCGAUCCGGCUUGGUGGGUGGCUCGCGGCUAUGCGAUUGCCAGCGUCGACGCGCGCGGGGCCGGCAAUAGCGACGGUGACACGCUCGUGCUCGGCUCGCAGGAGGCCGAGGACAUCCACGACGUGAUCGAGAAGCUCGCAAAGCUCCCAUGGUGCAACGGCAACGUGGGCAUGGCCGGAAACUCGUACCUCGCCAUCUCGCAGUGGCACGCAGCCGCACAGAACCCGCCGUCGCUCAAGGCGAUCGCGCCAUGGGAGGGGUCCGGCGAUAUCUUCCGCGAGCAGUUCUGCCGCGGCGGCUGGUUCAACAUGAGCAACUUUGACCUGAUCACCACGCUCGUCAUCAAGGGUCACCACGGCGUCGAAGACUUUGCCGAGAUGCAUCGUCGCUCGCCGCUCGCCAAUGCCUUCUGGAAUGACAAGCGCGUGGAUAUGACCAAGAUCAACAUUCCCUGCUUCAUCACGGGCUCCGACUUUAGCCAGAUCCACACCAUGGGCGCCGUGCGCGGCUGGAUGCAGGUCAACACGGAUAAAAAGUGGAUCAAGUGGAGCGGAUACCAGGAGUGGUUCGAGCUGUAUUCGUGUCCCGAGUCCAAUCUCUUCUUUGACAAGUAUCUCAAGAACAUCGACAACGACUGGGAAAAGACGCCCAAGGUGCGCUGGGCGACGCUGCCCUUCGGUGAUCGUGAUGUCAAGCACGACAUUGUGCUUGAGGAUUUCCCUGUUCCCAACACCGACUACCGCACCUUCUACCUCGGUCCAAACGAGUCUCUGUCCGAGACGGCGCCCAAGGAAGCGGGCACGUCUUCUCACAACUCGGAAGAGCGAUUCUCGAUCUCCAAGUUCCGACACACGUUCAAGGAAGCGACGCGGCUGAUCGGGCUGCCCAAGGCAGAGCUGUACAUGAGCUGCGAUGCGCUGGACGAUCUUGUGGUGUUUGUGCAGCUGCGCAAGCUCGACGUGAACGGCAAGGAGCUGAGCCAGCUGCAGUUCCCGCUGUCGCGCGCGCCCGUCAAGUCGAUCGACGACAUGCAGCCCAAGGAAAAGCAGAGCCUCAGCGUGCACAAUGGCUCCAUCGGCAUCCUGCGCGCCUCGCAGCGCAAGAUCGAUGCCGCGCGCUCGCUCCAUCCGCAGUUCCCCUUCCACCCGCACGACGAAGUGUGGAAGGUGCCGCGCGGCGAGAUUGUCAAGCUCGACAUUGGCAUCUGGGCCAUGGGCGUCGACUACGACGCGGGCGAGUCCAUCCAGGUCGAUGUUCUCGGACAGUGGCCUGGCUUCGACGAGGUUGCCGCCUUUUCCAAGCCUCGUCCCGAGUCCGAGAGGAACAAGGGCACGCACGUCAUCCACUUUGGCCCCGACCACCCCAGUCAUGUGAUCCUCCCCUUUGUGCCGCUGUAG